AUGCCGGGGCGCAAGCGCCGAUCCCUUGAGCCCUCGCAGCCGCUUCUCAUUUUCUCCUCCUCCACCAUCUCCGGGGCGUUGGGGCUGUUCCAGCUGCCAGGCUUUUCCCAUCUGCCUAACGGGCUCUACCCGUCGUACAUUCCCUUGAGCCACCUCGAGCCCCCCAGUGCCGGCAGUCCUCUCCUAGCUCAGCUGGGUCAGCACAGCCUCUUUGAGUCGCAGAAAGAUGGGUUCUACCUGUCUGGCCACGCGGGCCAGUCUGCUUUGCACCCGCAGCCUCCCCUCUCGAGGACUGCGGGCAACCACACAUCGAGCACUUUGCUCCGGGAGAAGGACCUUGGGCAGCUGCACAAGAGCUCGAAAGAAGGCCUGAAAGACCCUGGCGGGAAGGAGCGGGCAUGCCGGAGCGAUCUGUCCCUGCCCUUUAACAAGAAGGAGGGCAAGCCGAAGGAGGAGCCCCGGCCCCGCAGUGUGGUAGACCUCACGCAGGACACCAAACCCGACAGCGACCGGAAAGUGAGCGUGGUGGAGAAGGCAGUGAAGGUCAGCGAGCGUCUCUCACCGUUCCUGGCUGAGCACAUGCCAAAUCGGGGCGUGGGUGGUGGGGAACCCAAGUCCAAGAACCCGCUGCAGAGCUCUUCCCUCAGCAACUGCAACGGCGGCGGGGACCCCAUGCUGAAGGUCCUGGGUGCCGAGCAGGACCGCUGUGCCAAGGAUCCCACUCGGCACGAUGAGAACAUGAGGCCUUCUGCAAGGAGGGCAAGCCGAAGGAGGAGCCCCGACCCCGCAGUGUGGUAG